CAUUGCUUACUGACAACACAAAGAAAGACAAGCACAAAGUGAAAAAUAAAAAUAGCAACGAAAUUUUGCGGAAAAUAGUAGAAGAAAAAGAAAAGAAGACGUAGGGAAGGACAGUAAAAGCAAAGAAGAAAAUUAUUUUUAUUUAGGAGAACAUCAAGAAUUUAUAUAUUUCUUUUUUUUAUAAAACUGCAACAGAUUUACAAAUUGUUAAACAAAAAUCCAUAACAAUAUAAAGAAUUUAUAGAAAAAAUGAACAAAUUGAAAUCCACACAAAGGGAUAAAGUGAAAAAAUUCAUCUCCUUAACCCAAACGGGCGAACAGACCGCCAUCUAUUGCCUGCAGCAGAAUGAUUGGAAACUGGACUUGGCCAGUGAUAACUAUUUUCAAAAUCCCGAAUACUAUUAUCGCGAGCUAGAUCGCAAACGCAUUGAACAGUUAUUCUUGCGCUAUCGUGAUCCCUCGGAUACUCAGAAAAUCACCUCCGAGGGUGUAAUACGUUUUCUAGAUGAUCUAGAACUAAGUCCCGAUUCGAAACUUGUGCUAAUCAUAGCCUGGAAGUUUCAUGCAGAGGUACAAUGUGAAUUUACCCGCGAGGAAUUUGUCAAUGGCAUGAGUGAGUUGGGUAUUGAUUCAAUAGAUAAGCUGAAGGUUAAGUUGCCGCUGCUAGAAAUGGAACUUAAUGAUUUGGCCAAAUUUAAGGAUUUCUAUCAGUUUACUUUCAACUAUGCCAAGGAUCCAGGUCAGAAGGGUAUUGAUUUGGAUAUGGCUAUUGCCUAUUGGACCAUUGUGUUGAGUGGACGUUUUAAGUUUUUGGAUUUGUGGUGCAAGUUUUUGAAGGAAAAACAUAAACGUUCUAUACCCAAAGAUACAUGGAAUUUAUUGCUGGAUUUUGCCAUUCAUAUUGAUGACAAUAUGAGUAAUUAUGACUCCGAAGGAGCCUGGCCAGUGCUAAUCGAUGAUUUUGUCGAAUGGUGCCAAGAAAAUCGCCAACUAUUACAAAAUUACCUGCAAGCAAACUCAUCGCUAACACCUCAGCAGUUACAACAGCAGUCAGUGGCAGCUGCUGCCGCUAGCCAACAACAAAAGAACAUAUCGAAUAGUUUUCAAUCAUCAGCGCACAGUACAAAUAUGAACUAUGGCUAACGUUUGUUUACUAGCAUGUUUUAAAUUAACAAAAACAAAAAAUAAAAGAAAUAUAUUAAAUUUAAAUACAACAACAAAAAGAAUUCAAAGAAAAUAAAAGAAAUAUAAUUAUUUUUUUUUGCUUUUAUCCCUUUUGAAAAUUGAAUAAAACAAAAUAAAACUACUUUUCUUCUUCCUCUCCCCAAAAGAAACAUUACAAAGUAAUAUUUGAAAUAAACAACAUUCUGCAAAAAAAAAACAAGAACAACAAACAGAGCAUGUAAUGUAUUGUAAUAAUAUUAAUAUUAAA